GAUAAUAAAGAUAAUAGAUAAUAGAAGAAUAGAAUAGAAUAGAUAAUAGAAGUGAUCUACUAAUAUACUGGGAUUGAAAACCUUUAAUUGUCGAUUUUUCUGUUUUUAGAUAAAUCAAACUGUGUUUUUUUCCCGUAUCAUCCAACAUAUUAAAAAUCGACAAUUGUCAGAGUUGAUUGGAUAAUAGUAGAUCAUGUCGAGAUUGCAAUUUGAGGUUGAGUUGGCAGCGGAUGAAGAUCCGAAGAACAAUAUUAUAAUCAUAAAAUCCAUAACAACCGAAGAUGAAAUUACAUAUCUCAUACCGCCAUGUUUCCAAGCAGCAAAACACCACCUUCAACUGACAAAGUUGCCAGAAUUUAUGAAAAUAAGAAAAACACUUCAGAGAAGAGGUAAUAAUAGAAGGGUGUGGAUAAAUCUUCCAAGUGAUAUUUUAGCCCUCUACAAAGAUGGUACUGGAAAUAUUAUGUUCAAUGAUUAUUUAUUACAAGAAACAACUAAAGUCACAAGUCAACCUACUAUGGAUGAAAAAUUGUUAGAAAUAUUAGAGAAACUAAGUGAAAAAAGCGAAAAACCCACUAUUAAUAAAGAAAAACAUAACAAUAUAAGCAAAUUAACUGAUAAGUUUGUUUUGAAAAAGUUUGAUAAUAAGUUCACUAAUGCUAAACAAUGGUUGCAAAGUUUUGAAGGUGAAUGUACAAGAUUCGAUUUAACUGCUGAUACAGAAAAAAUUAGUGCUUUGAGAUUGUUUUUGAACGACUCGGAAAGUGACUGGUAUGAGUCAAUGUUAAUUAAGCAUAGUUUGAACUCUCAGUGGGAAAUAUGGCAAAUAAGUUUUCUAGAUACAUUUGCUGAUAAAAGUUGGUCCUCUGUUAUCUAUGCAUUGACUUUCAAAUAUUUUACUGGCUCUUUACUGGAAUAUGCAUUGAAAAAACAGAGAUUGCUUUUAGAGUAUAACAGUGAGAUUGAUAACAGAACUCUCACCGACUUAAUUGUCGCAGGAUUGCCAGCUUAUAUUAGAAGCAAACUAGAUAGACAAGAGAUGAUGAACCCUACUCUUCUGUUUAAUGUCCUACGUAUGCAUGAAAAUCAAAAUAAAAAUUUUCAAAAAACUUUUACUGAAAGAAAAAGUUCAACUAAACCAGAACUAGAAUUUAAAAGAAAAACACCAUGUCAAAUUUGUAACAAGAUGGGAAAGAAAAAUAGAUUUCACUCUGAAGAUCUGUGCUGGUUCAAAGAAGACAAGAACAGUAAUGACAGUGUAAAACACUGUAAAAAUUUGAUGCUUGAGAUUGAUCAAUUUCAGGAUACAAAAAACUAAAUAUUCCCCCACUAAUAGAAGUUGAGGUUAUACUGAAUGACACCUUAAAAUGCACUGGUAUUUAUGACCCCGGCUCAAAUAUAACUUUAAUA